AUGGGCGCCGGCGCCGGCGGGGAUGGCAUCGCCGCCAGCACCGCCACCGCCGCCUCCCCAGCCGCCUUUGACGCAGCUGCCUACGACGCGCAGCGGCUGGCGCUGGGCGGCCAGGCCAUGGGCCGCAUGCGGCAGCUGAGCCAGGCAGAGGGCGCCGCGGCCGCGGCCGCCGCCGCCGCGGCCGCGGCGGGGGAGGAGGCCGCUGCGGCGGCGCCCCCGGGGGCGUGGAAGUGGGAGGUGCGGAAGCGGAUCUGGGAUCUGAUGGAGGAGCAUGACCUGGCAGACUUUCCUCGCCCAGUGCACCACCGCAUCCCCAGCUUCAAGGGAGCCGCCCAGGCCGCCGCCCGCCUGGCGGCGCUGCCCGAAUUUGUGGCGGCGCGGUGCGUGAAGGUCAACCCAGCCGGCAAGACGCUGCUGACGCCGCAGCCGCGCCUGCGCACCGGCUUCUUCUCCACGCUGCACCGGGAUGCCAUCCCGCCCGACGCGCUGCUCCAGGCCUGCACCUCGGCCGGUGUGGCCAAGUACGGGUCACCUCUGUCCCUGGACGGUACCAUACAAGUGGACCUGAUUGUGGUGGGCUCGGUGGCUGUGGACCCGCAGACCGGGUGCCGGCUGGGAAAGGGGGAGGGGUUUGCCGAGCUGGAGUACGGCAUGCUGCGGCGGAUGGGCGCGGUGGACGGCGGCACGCUGGUGGCGACCACGGUGCGGGACGAGCAGGUGGUGCCGCCGGGCGCCAUCCCCGCCGCCGCCAUGCUGCCUCACGACGUGCCGGUGGAUAUCAUCGUCACCCCCACCCAGGUCAUCCGCGUGGCUGCGCCGGCGCUGAGCAAGCCGGCCGGCAUCCUUUGGGACAGGCUCAGCCCGCAGAAGCUGGCCCAGAUCCGCGUGCUGCAGCAGCUGAAGCAGCGCUUAGAGGAGGAGCGGGGCGCCCCGCUGCCCUGCGGGCCCGACGAGGCGCUGCCACCCCUGGCGGCGCGCGGCCGGCGGCGGCCCGCCGGCGGCGGCGGCAGGGGCGGAGGCGGCGGGCGGCAGGGGCGGCGGCGGCGCGGUGGAAGAGGGCAGGCAGCGCCGCCGGUUGUGCAAGAGGGAUAG